GAAUCCCUUCGAAGGGACACACAACAUCUCCCGCCGGAGCCUUCUGAUUCUGACGACAGCGGUAACACACACACUCUCUCUCCUGUAUGAAGCGUCUAUUCUCUUGAUCAAUCUAUUUUGUCUAUUUCCCUAUUAUUAAAAGUGUACAAUUCACGUUGUUUAUCUCUUCUGGCGUUGAGGGGGUACGCGGAGCUUUUUAGUUUUCUUUUCGCUGUUCACCUGCUUCUAGGCUUUCAUCUCUCCUCAGAUGACCACCAACAGCAGCAAUUCGAAGUACUUCGUACCGGCGCUCACGCAGGAAGACGUGCCGGACGGCGCGUGCUGCGUCGCCGAGACCACCUUCGCCACCCUCUUCCCUUCCUACCUGGAGAGCUACGUUAAGAGCAUUUGGCCUGCAGUGGAGGAGGUGCUGGGGCAGCAUCAGCUAGUGGGCAAGUUGGACCUGCUGGAGGGCAGCAUGACCGUCGCCACCACCCGCCGCACCUGGGAUCCGUACACCAUCGUCGAUGCGCGCGAUUUCCUCAAACUGCUCGCCCGUAACGUCCCUCUCGCGCAGGCGCAGAAGAUCUUUCAGAGCGACAUUACGUCUGACAUCAUCAACAUCUCCGUCAAGGGCGGCAGCGUGCGCCGAUUUGUGAAGCGACGGGACCGCCUCAUUGGCCCCAAGGGCCAAACGCUCAAGGCGCUGGAGAUUCUGACUGGGUGCUACGUGCUGGUGCAGGGCAAGACUGUGGCGGUGAUGGGUCCGGUGAAGGGCACGCAGAUGGUGCGCAGCAUCGUCGAGGACUGCAUGAACAACAUCCACCCCAUCUACGGCCUGAAGCAACUCCUCAUCAAGCGAGAGCUGAUGAAACGGGAGGACAUGAAGCACGAGGACUGGUCUCGCUUCAUUCCCGUGUACAAGAAGACACAGCCGAACAAGGAGAAGCAGAAGGCGGUGCGGAAGAUCAAGAAGGAGCGGAUGCAGGCCGCCAAGCUGAAGCAGGCCGGAAAGGAGAAGUCCAUCUUCCCCCCUGCCCCGCCGAAGCGGUUGGAGGAUAUCGCGAUGGAGAGCGGUGAGGCCUUCCUGGCACCACGCAAACGCCGCCAGAAGGACGAGUUCGAGCUGCAGGGCACUCAGGUCGCAGCCCAGGAAUCGGCGGACAGUAGUGUCGCGGGACACAAGGGCGACAAACUAGCGGCCAAGAAGGCCAAGAAGCAGUAG